AUCGUUCGUAAAGUUCAUUUUAGCUAAUGCAUCCGCUGCCCAUAUUUGAGAGGAAGGAAAAGGAAAAGCCUAUCUUCCAGCAAAGAGAAUAUCUAGUAAGGAUAUAUCACUUUGAUUUGGAAACCACUACCGUCGAUUUGGUAUUUAUCCUUUUGGGACCCUUUCUUUAUAAUUCUAAUUUCUAACUCAACGGAGAGGAAAAUGGUGGAAGGUGGUAUAGCGAAACCCGACAAAACAAAGUUCAGCCAGUGCUGGAAAACGACAUGGAAGACUCCUUAUAUCAUGCGCCUUUCACUUUCGGCUGGGAUUGGUGGGCUUCUCUUUGGUUACGAUACAGGGGUUAUUUCUGGUGCACUGCUUUAUAUUCGUGAGGAUUUUCAACAAGUUGAAAAGAAAACAUGGCUACAGGAAGUGAUCGUGAGUAUGGCUGUAGCAGGGGCCAUUUUCGGUGCUGCAUUUGGAGGAUGGAUAAACGACAGUUUCGGCAGAAAACCGUCGAUUUUGGUAGCCGAUAUUCUCUUUUUCGUAGGUGCCAUAGUCAUGGCUCUGGCCCCAGCUCCAUGGAUGAUCAUUAUUGGGAGAAUUUUUGUUGGCUUAGGAGUUGGAAUGGCUUCAAUGACUGCACCUCUUUAUAUCUCUGAAGCUUCCCCUGCUAGAAUCCGAGGUGCACUUGUUAGCACCAAUGGUUUGCUUAUUACAGGGGGACAGUUCCUGUCUUACCUAAUCAAUUUGGCCUUCACUCAUGCUCCGGGAACCUGGCGUUGGAUGCUCGGGGUUGCCGGACUGCCUGCUGUGGUUCAGUUUUUUUUUAUGUUAUCACUCCCUGAGUCUCCUAGAUGGCUUUACCGACGGAAUAAAGUAGAAGAGGCGAGGUCCAUCCUAGAGAAGAUUUAUCCUGCUAAUGAAGUCGAAUCCGAAUUGAUUGCUCUUAGAAACUCCGUUGAAGCAGAGAAAGCUGAUGAACAAGCCAUUGGGGAUAAUUUCAUAGCAAAAAUGAAAGGGGCUUUAAGCAAUGUUGUUGUGCGAAGGGGACUCUAUGCUGGGGUGACGGUUCAAGUUGCUCAGCAGUUUUCGGGCAUCAAUACCGUUAUGUAUUACAGCCCGACAAUAGUUCAGUUUGCCGGAUUUGCUUCAAACAAGACAGCAUUGGCGCUUUCUCUCGUCACAUCUGGGCUCAAUGCUGUUGGCUCCAUUGUUAGUAUGGCUUUCGUCGACAGAUAUGGGAGGAGGAGAAUGAUGAUCGUCUCAAUGUUUGGUAUCAUUUCUUGCCUAGUGAUUUUAUCGAUUGUGUUCUUCCAAGCAGCCAGUCAUGCUCCCAAAAUUAGCCAACUCGAGUCUACCCAUUUCGCUACAAAUGCUACAUGUCCUAGUUUCCUUUCCGCCUCUAAUCCAACAUCAUGGAACUGUAUGUCUUGUUUGAAGGCGGAGUGUGCUUUUUGUGCCAAUGGUGCAAAUGAAUAUUCUCCAGGAGCAUGCUUGGCAAAGACAUCAGAUCUAGAAACCUUAUGUCAUGGACAACAUCGUACUUGGUUCAAGGAUGGUUGCCCGAGCAAAUUUGGGUUUUUGGCUGUUGUCUUCCUAGGACUGUACAUCAUUUCCUACUCGCCUGGAAUGGGAACUGUCCCAUGGAUUGUUAACUCUGAGAUUUACCCAUUGAAAUACAGAGGAAUCGGUGGAGGGAUAGCUGCAGUUUUCAAUUGGGUCUGCAAUCUUAUUGUUAGCCUCACAUUUUUAACCCUAACCAAAGCUCUGGGUUCCUCUGGCACAUUCCUCCUCUUCGCUGGCUAUUGUGUGAUUGGACUUGUUUUCAUCUACUGGUUCGUACCUGAAACCAAAGGGCUGCAAUUUGAGGAAGUGGAGAAGAUGCUAAAGUCUGGUUAUAAGCCAUUAGCAUUCAAGACAAAGUCAACGAGGGGUGAGAACCAGUCUGCCUAAGCUUCAAGAAGAUUCAAUCCCUGUAGAUUUUAUUUAUUGCACGGCAUCUUAGAAGAAAAUUAAACUCCUUUCUUCAAAUUUAAAAUACAAAAUUUUUCGGAUUUAUAGCACUCA